UCUGCUCUCUGACCCCAGUGGCAGCUCCGACUCACUGCACUCCGGCUCCCCUCCGCCACACCGAGCCGCGCUCUCUCUCUCUCCCCCGUCUCUCCCCCUCCGCUCUGUCAGCCUCUCUCGCCCUCCUUCUCCGGCUCUCUCUCUCAGCCCCCUCCGCUCUCUCCUUGUCUGGUUUUCUCUUCCACAGGAGCCAGCCGAGGUCCCGCCGGGUCGAAGGUUCUGCCCCUUUACCCGCCCCGGACUGCCGCAGCCUUCCCCCUCGGACGGCCGAGGAACCUUCCCCCGCUCUCCCUGCUGCUGCUGCCGCCGCAUGGACCCGCGUCCCUCCGCCGCUGCUGCCGCCGCCGCGUAGAGGGCGACCCCGACCCGACACGCUUUCUCCGGCCAGAUAUCUUUUUUAAAAAAGAGGCACCGCACGACGAAGACUGCAGUGUGUCGUGGUCGAGUUGGUCGGCCGGGUCGCUGCUGUUGCUGCUGCUGUGGGAGACUUCCUGGGCUUCUUGAGCGGCUCUGAAGGAUGACCGCCGCACGGCUCGCUGCUGAAUCCCGGUGAACGAACGGCGUCUCAUGUCCAAACGGCGGAAGGAUGGCUCAUGGCAAAGUGACCAUUACGGUGGACGAGUACAGCUCCAACCCCACGCAGGCCUUCACACACUACAACAUCAACCAGAGCCGCUUCCAACCUCCACACGUCCACAUGGUGGACCCGAUCCCCUACGACACUCCCAAACCAGCAGGACACACCCGGUUUGUGUGCGUUUCAGACACGCACUCGCGUACAGAUGGCAUCCAGAUGCCCUACGGCGACGUGCUGCUGCACAUGGGCGACUUCACCGAGCUGGGCCUGCCCUCCGAGGUUAAGAAGUUCAACGACUGGCUAGGUGGCCUCCCGUACGAGUUUAAGGUGGUGAUCGCCGGGAACCACGAGCUGACCUUCGAUAAGGACUUUAUGGCCGAGCUGGUCAAGCAGGAUUACUACCGAUUCCCCUCAGUCUCCAAACUCAAACCUGAGGACUUUGACAAUGUCCAGUCACUGCUCACAAACUGUGUGUACCUGCAGGACUCGGACGUCACCAUAAAGGGAUUUCGGAUAUACGGGACACCAUGGACUCCGUGGUUUAACGGCUGGGGGUUCAACCUGCCUCGGGGUCAGUCUCUGCUGGAUAAAUGGAACCUCGUCCCCGAAGGCAUCGACAUCCUGAUGACCCACGGACCGCCGCUCGGUUUUCGAGACUGGGUUCCUAAGGAGCUGCAGCGUGUCGGAUGUGUAGAGCUGCUCAACACGGUCCAGAAGAGGGUUCGACCCAAACUUCAUGCCUUCGGAGGCAUACAUGAAGGGUACGGGAUCAUGACAGACGGCUACACGACGUUCAUCAACGCGUCGACCUGCACUGUCAGCUUCCAGCCCACCAACCCUCCCAUCGUGUUCGACCUGCCCAACCCGUCCAGCUCCUGAGACCAGAGCACCGGGGGGCUGGGAGGGCCACGGGCCGGAUAAACUACUUCUUUUUCUAUAAAUAAUGUCAAGUUAAAAACAAAUAAAAAUAAACAAUUCUAAGGCCGUUUCUCAAUGCCAAGUAGGACGGACUUGCGUGCUUGCAAGUACGGACUCGGAAGUACGGACCCCCGAGAACGGAGGAAUGCAUCACGGUUAAUUGGAACACCAGCGUACUUGAUGACGUCACCACGUCGGCUCAUCUACUUCGAUUAGAUUUUAGUAUAAAAACAGUUAAUAAAUAUCUACCACCGUUCAAAAGUUGGGGGUCACUUAGAAAUGUUUUUAUUUUUGAAAGAAAAGCAGUUUUUUUUCCAGUGAAGAUAACAUUAAAUGAAUCAGAAAUCCAUUCUAGACAUUGUUAAUGUGGUAAAUGACUAUUCUAGCUGGAAACAGUUGAUUUUUAAUGGAAUAUCUCCAUAGGGGUACAGAGGAACAUUUCCAGCAACCAUCACUCCUGUGUUCUAAUGCUACAUUGUGUUAGCUAAUGGUGUUGAAAGGCUAAUUGAUGAUUAGAAAACCUUUGUGUACUUAUGUUAGCACAUGGAUAAAAGUGAGCUUUCAUGGAAAAUGUGGAAUUGUCUGCGUGACCCCAAACUUUUGAAUUGUAGUCUAUAUACAAUAUUAAACCUUGCUGAUUAUACCACAUAAUGCAGGACUGAUUUUAGGACCAUGUAUGUUUUAUCUGAAUACACCUCAUAAACAGGGAUGGAUGGGUUUACACUUGCAAUAUUAACUUUACUAAGAUAUAUUAGUCUACAUUCUACAUAUACAGCUGUUGUUUGUCCACAAACAUCCAGAGGUUUAUAUUCUGACAGGUGCACAAACAUCACUACACUUUAAUGUGAUCACCAGUACUUCACCUGUAACCACUGAGCAUCAUCAGUAAUUAUGAUAGAAUAUUUCAUGUCAGCUGCUUUAACUUUUCCACCAUAAGCAGUGUCUGAUCAAACAAGUUAGGGUUAGAGGAACAUUUAAUUCUGGCUUCAACACCUCUUAUCAGAUAGGCUUCCAAUGAUUUACAGUAUAUGGGUGCCCAGUUAGCACCCAGUAUGACUCUUGGCCAUUUGCUGCAUGACUUUCUCCAACUUUUCCUGUCUCACUCUCAACUUCCAACUAUGGUAAAGGCUAAAAAGCCCCCUUUUACAGUUGAAAAAUACUUAACUGCAAAAAUGCUUAAAUACAUGGACACACAGACAAGACAGUAAUUCAGAGGUAGUGGGCUACAGUCAUAGCUGUCUAACCAGGACUAACUGGGAGGUUCACAUCUCUGAAAGCACUGGAGCAAACUUUUUAUCCGGCUUUGUCAUGAUAAAUUGACCACAGAUUGAUACAACUAGUUUCUCGCCUAAAAUAAUCUCAAAACUACAUUUUAUGUCACAAUAGUAUUCCCAAAAAAACUUGUGUUACCUCCGAAAGUUUUCUUCUUGGUCUUUGCCGCUGGUUGACGCAGAAUGGAUUAUGGGUUACUUGGUUGCCUCAAGUCCACACAAGUCUGGUGUGAUGCAUCCUCGAUAAUGUGGGCGGAGCGAGAACACAUCCGAGUAUUUCAUCCCUACUUUAAAUUGGAUCAGACCUUGGUCUCUGACUGAUGACGUUUCACAAGUCCGCAAGUACGUAUAUUGAGAAACGGCCUAAGUCUUUCUUUGCAAAACUUUUGGUCCUCUCUAAGCUGUUGUUGGGAAGACUUGAGGCUCGUCUCAUUUUCACCGACUGUGCAUCCUCGAUUCCCCGACAAAAUGAGGCUUCUUCGCUUCAGAGCUGUUGGUUUAAAGCAAUUAAACUUUAGGGAGGACAAGAGACGCCGGAAUUAGUGAAAUGAGAUGAGCCUUUGGAGACGUCGGGUCGGGUUAUUCGUCUGGGAGCGUUAAAGGAGAAUACCGGUGUUUAUUUUUUUGGUUUUUUAAAGCUUGUGCCAACAAUCCUGCUUUUUUAUGUGCUUAUAGUCGGUAGAGUUGCAGAUAUCAGGGCCUGUUUGUCCCCCAGAUUGUUCAGUAUGAAACACAACUUAACCAAGCGAGAUGCUCCAUGAAGAAACGUUUAUUUUGUCAGUUCUGCUUCAUUUCAUCACUCAAAUACACGUCGCAUUAGUGAAUACCAGACGAGAAUAACGGUGACGAUUUCAGCUCAGCUCACAAAACUUUGCAUCUUAUUUCAUGAUCUCAAAUGGAUUUCCUUUUCUUUUACAAGUCACAAAUUAAUAAGUAAUUUACAAGAACUAAGGAAUUGUCAUUUUUUGGACUUUCAUACCACACCACGAUGAAAUUUCCACCUUUGUUGAGUGUUUUUGUCAGCUGACAACACUUAAUUUGGCCAGUUUUAAUUAUAAACAAGCAAAAAAUUGGUGUUAAAAAGUCCACAGUUUGAGUGGAAUGUGAAGCUACGAACCUGGCUGACACCGGUAUUCUCCUUUUCUGAGGGAUUUUGUGGUUAAACAAUCUUGGUCUUGAUAAAUAUUGGUCAGAUCUGUAAGAUAAAUGAUGCUUUGUGAAUUUGUACAAUUUCUUUAUGUUUGGUUCGGCCAAACAAUGGAUGCCAUUGUUUUAUGUUGUGUCAUCUGAUAUUUUGUGUUUAGGUUCUUUUUUCUUUUUAUUUCUUCUUUUCUUAUUGGCUGACAGGGACGCUGCCUUAAACUAGCUUUAAUGUUCUCAGCUAGAGCCCCACUCUCUGCGAGCACAGAGAAAAGUCCUUAUUUAUUACCCAUCAUCCCCGCAAAACAACACCUGACCAACGCAGGGACGGAAAGCUAUCCAAUUACAGCCUGAAUAAUUCACUUUGUAUCAUCCCAUUAUGGAUUUCUCAUCAAAUUUGGAAAAUGUGUGUAUAAAAAAGUAUAUAUAUUAUAUAUUCAUGUUGUAAAACAUCUGUACUAAAAGUUGUGUUUGAUGAAGAAAAAAAAGAACAUGAGGUGCAUUUUUUUCUCUGUGCACCUGUAUGAUCACCAUGUUUCUUUAAUGCUCCCAUCAGAGGUUUCUGUCAUGUUUUUUGUAUCGACUCUCCCAGUAGACAUUCAUUUCGGAUGAGAGAGGAAAAUUUUGUCAGUCACAAUCCAACAGGUGCUGAUUGUUCCCAACAACACACCUGCCUAAACAUGGUUAAUUUGUCUUUUUAAAGUGUAAAUCUGAUAGUAUUUGUGUUUUAUUGCUUUUUUUUUCUAAUUUUGCACUGUGUGUAAAUGCAAUCUUGCUAGCACAAAAAAAAUGUUGCCAAUAGUUGUCUCAACUUUGCCGCUGUAAAUGCUCUUUUCGUGCUCUGUUCCUCUCUCGCUCUCUUUCUCUGAUUGUAUCCCUCUUCAUGGAAAUGUUAGUUCUCUCUUUCAGUUCAUUGUGAUAUAUUUAGCUGCCUUUAUAUGCAAAUAAAAUUGCAAGAUUUUUACUUAUGAAA